AUGGGGUUGUUACAGGGCUUUUACUACAUGUAUUAGACACAACCAGACCCAGAGCCCUGCAUACAUACAGCCCAACAACCAGACCCAGAGCCCUGCAUACAUACAGCCCAACAACCAGACCCAGAGCCCUGCAUACAUACAGCCCAACAACCAGACCCAGAGCCCUGCAUACAUACAGCCCAACAACCAGACCCAGAGCCCUGCAUACAUACAGCCCAACAACCAGACCCAGAGCCCUGCAUACAUACAGCCCAACAACCCAGCCCCAGAACCCAACCCCACAGCCCCAGAACCCAACCCCACAGCCCCAGAACCCAACCCCACAGCCUCAGAACCCAACCCCACAGCCCCAGAACCCAACCCCACAGACCCAGAACCCAACCCCACAGCCCCAGAACCCAACCCCACAGCCUCAGAACCCAACCCCACAGCCCCAGAACCCAACCCCACAGCCCAAGGACCCAACCCCACAGCCCUAGGACCCAACCCCACAGCCCUAGAACCCAACCCCACAUCCCUAGAACCCAACCCCACAGUCGCAGGACCCAACCCCACAGCCCCAGAACCCAACACCACAGCCUCAGAACCCAACCCCACAGCCCUAGGACCCAACCCCACAGCCCCAGAACCCAACCCCACAGCCCCAGAACCCAACCCCACAGCCCCAGAACCCAACCCCACAGCCCCAGAACCCAACCCCACAGCCCCAGAACCCAACCCCACAGCCCCAAAACCCAACCCCACAGCCCCAGGACCCAACCCCACAGCCCUAGGACCCAACCCCACAGCCCCAGGACCCAACCCCACAGUUCCAGAACCCAACCCCACAGCCCUAGGACCCAACCCCACAGCCCCAGAACCCAACCCCACAGCCCCAGAACCCAACCCCACAGCCCCAGAACCCAACCCCACAGCCCCAGAACCCAACCCCACAGCCCCAGAACCCAACCCCACAGCCCCAGGACCCAACCCCACAGCCCUAGGACCCAACCCCACAGCCCCAGGACCCAACCCCACAGCCCCAGAACCCAACCCCACAGCCCCAGAACCCAACCCCACAGCCCCAGGACCCAACCCCACAGCCCUAGGACCCAACCCCACAGCCCUAGGACCCAACCCCACAGCCCCAGCCCCACAGCCCUAG